AUGAGGAAGUUCUUCGGGGAUCGCAGUAAUAAGGACCUCGCCCAAGAGCUCGCUGUCGGCCCCGCCCCAGACCCUAUCGACUUGGAUCCCUCGACCGAGAAGCAGCUGCCGACGUCGACAGAUGAUGAUAAUUCAAUCACGCACCCCCCCAGCGAGGAGGCCCCAAGUGAGGAUGCUCAAGAUGGUGUCAAGAAGGUCGAGGCCGUCACCCUCACCUGGACGAGGAAGGAAUUAUAUGUGGCAUAUGGCUGCAUCUUUCUCGUCUUCUUCGUCGUCUCUAUGGCAGAGCAGAUCCAAAACAAUCUGAGUUUCUAUGUGACGUCCAGUUUCGCGGCGCUGCCGUUGACCGGCACGACGUCCAUUCUCUCGGGCAUCAUUGGCGGAGUCAUCAAGCUCCCGAUUGCCAAGUUCGUUGAUCUGAUCGGACGUGCUGAGGGGUUUGCUAUCAUGACUGGGAUUGCUACGAUAGGUCUCAUCAUGAUGGCCGCUUGCCGUAAUGUUGAGACGUACGCUGCAGCACAGGUCUUCUACUGGACUGGAUACAAUGGGAUGCUCUAUGUGCUCGACGUUUUCAUGGCAGACACCUCGAGCUUGAAGAAUCGAGCCUUGGUUUUUGCCUUCUCCAACACCCCCUAUAUUGCCACUACGUUCAUCGGCCCACCAGCCGCUGCGUCCUUUCUUCGGACCAGUGGCUGGCCGUGGGGUUUUGGUACUUUCGCAAUCAUCACCCCGGUCAUCGCGAUGCCCAUCUGCAUCCUCCUGUGGGCUAAUCAGCGAAAGGCGAUCAGAGAAGGUGUUCUAAAGAAGAAGGAGAGAAGCGGGCGGACAUUUGCCCAGAGCGCCAGCUAUUACUUCUGGGAAUUCGAUGUCAUCGGCUUGAUCCUGGUCUGCGCUGGCUGGGCCUUGACCCUGCUCCCCUUUUCCCUUGCAUCCUACCAGUCUAAGGGCUGGGGCGCCCCGAUAAUCAUCGCCUUCCUUGUCGUCGGUCCCUGCUUACUUAUACUCUUCGCGAUCUAUGAGAGAUUCUUCACCCGGAAAUCCUUCAUCCCUUUCGAACUCCUCACCAACCGCAGCGUCAUCGGGGCCUGCCUCCUGGCCGCCUUCCUCUUCAUUAGUUUCUAUCUCUGGGAUAGCACAUUCAACAGCUACCUCCAAGCGGUGCACAAUCUCUCAAUUUCCGACGCCGGCUACGUCAGCAACAUCUACAGCAUCGGGUCCUGCUUCUGGGGCGUAGUCCUGGCCAUCCUCAUCCGUCUCCUCGGCCGCUUCAAGUGGCUCGCCAUGUCGAUGCUGUGCCUCGAGGCCCUCGGCGUCGGCCUCAUGAUCCACUUCCGCCAGCCCAGCCAAGGCAUCGGCUACGUUAUAAUGUGCCAGAUCUUCAUCGCCUUCGGCGGCGGUUCCCUCGUCAUCUGCGAGGAGAUGGCCGUCAUGGCCGCCGCGCCCCACCAGAACGUCGCCAGUAUGCUCGCCCUCAUCGGCCUCUUCUCCUCCGUCGGCGGCGCCAUCGGCCAGGCCGUCUCCGGUGCCAUCUACACCAACAAAUUCCCCGAGGCCCUCGAUGCUGCCUUGCCGGGGAACGCCACGCUUAACUCCCAACUUUACGCCUCCCUGGCCACGCAGCUCACGUACCCGAUCGGUAGCCCGGAGCGCGACGCCGUCAUCUACGCAUAUGGCCGCGCGCAGUGGUUCCUGACGAUCGCGUCGAUUUGCUUCUUGGUACCUUGCUUUGUCUUCAUUGCGCUAUGGAAAGAUUUCAAGGUCAAGGAGCUGCGGAAGGUGAAGGGGCGGGUGGCGUAA